UGGUGUCGUUGCUUUGCUGCUCGUGCUCGGCUUUGGCGCGUGCUGCUUCACUCUCACUCUCUCUCUCUCUCUCUCUCUCUCUCUCUUUACCUGGAUUCUGCCUUCGUCACGCGCCGCUUUGCCCACUACCGCUUCCUCGCCGCUCGCCCUCUGCUCUGCUGUCCAUGGCGACGUUUCUUCUCCCCUUCUUCCCCACCCUCUGACUCUGAUAGUUCCUCGGCCCAGUUGCUGAGGCGAUCUCGGCGCCGUCUCCGGGGCAAAGCUCGUGUCUUGCGCGGUCACGCCCGCUGGUCAAGCGCCGGUGAGAGGUUGCUCCUUUACCGCGUUCCGGCGGCGAAAGGCGUGGCCUUUUUCCGCCUCUUGGAAUCGCGUUGGUUCGGGCCGUGACGAGCCGUGCUUGGUUCGUCGGCGGUGGCAUUGCCGGAUUAGGGAGUCUCCGAGACGGGACGUGGUUGGUGGGCGCGGCGGGGCGUCCUGAGCGCGUUGCACGCGAGGUGUUCAUCGAAAGGCGCGGGAGAUAUGAUGAGGGACCUAUCCUGCUUCGGGGAGACCAGCGUCCAGAUCGCGGACGCAGCGUCGUCCUCGUCCUCCUCGUCUAGCGCCGUCGCCGGCGGCGGCGGUGGCCGAGGCCAGGGCGGCGCGGCGGCGCAGAGCCUCGUGACCUGCCUGUACCAGGCGCGGCUCUCCGGUCGGCCAUGCGUGGUCUCGGUGACGUGGAGCAGGGGCGGCCUCGUGGGGCAGGCGGGCCUCGGCGUCGCCGUCGACGACGGCGCGUCCGGGGAGCGCCUGUGCAGGACGAACGUCAAGCCCUGUCUCUUCUCCAAACGCAAGGGGUCCAAGAGUCUCGACGUCGCCGGCAGCGGCGAUGGCAAGGUCUACGUCUACUGGGACCUGUCCGGCGCCAAGUUUGGCCCCGGACCCGAGCCGCUGGAAGGGUUCUACGUCGCGGUGGUGUGCGACCUCGAGAUGUUGCUCUUGCUCGGCGACAUGGGGAAGGAGGCGUACCGGAAGACAGGUGCCGGCAGGCCUGGGAACGACACACUGCUCGUGGCCAGGAGGGAGCACAUUGUUGGCAAGAAGGUUUACUCUGCCAAGGCUCAGUUCUGUGACAAUGGCAGGUGCCAUGACAUUGCGAUAGAGUGUGACACCACGGGGCAAAAGGACCCUUGUCUCGAGAUCCGCAUCGAUACGAGGCCGGUCAUGCGGGUGAAGCGGUUGGCAUGGAAAUUUAGAGGCAACCAGACUAUUUUGGUGGAUGGGCUGCCUGUCGAAGUGUUUUGGGAUGUCCAUGGCUGGCUUUUCAGCUCGACAACGAGCAGCGCAGUGUUCAUGUUCCAGACAUGUCAAGCGCUUGAGAAGUCCAUGUCGUGGAUGUACUCGCAGAUUUUUAGGGAGCCUCAGUUGCAAGGCCAUGGUUUCUCCUUGCUACUACAUGCAUGGAAGGUUGAGUAGGAGUGUGCAGGUUUGAAUUGACUGCCACACCUCUAUCCUUCCAAGUGUUAGUAAGAUGAUUUAGUGAGUGAGUUGUCCUGUGGAAUUUGAUGGAGGCUUUAAAUGUGUUUCGUUUUCCAGUUUUGUUGCUUUGCUGUCUCCUAUAAAUGGAUAUUUUCUGAA